UCUGUUUCAAGGCGCGCAAAACUGUGCUUUGGCGCAAUGUUUCUUUCAUAGUUUUAAAAUAUCCAAAAUCCAGCUUGAUUUCAAUUCAAAUAAGUUUGUAUUUUUGUGAAGUCAAUAUUUUGCAGUAAUUAUGAAUAACGACAGUUUUCAACUGCACUCGACGCAAUUUACACCGUUAAAAAACAUACGUUCUAGAAUUUUAGUAGCCAGAGAAGAUACGUUAAAUCUAUCGUCAAUAUUAAACGAAACAUCUAUUUCCAGACAUUUAAACGAUACCAGUUUAAGGCAGAUUUUAGAUGACUCUGCUACCAUCGUGAACGCAGGAAAUGCCGGUGGUGGAUUAAGUGAAUCUUUCUUUAAAAUAAUACAAUCGAGCCGGCCCAGCGAUGUCUUACAUACAUUGCAGAGGUUAGCCCAUGUUUGUUAUGAGUCGUUGGAGCUUGUUGAACCAUGGAAUAGAUAUAAUGCGCAUAACUAUUGGCUAGCUGAGGAAGCUAACACAUGGAAGCUUCUAUAUAGUUUGUACGCGGAUACACUAUUAGAUCACCCAGAGUCGCUAGACAGUUUGAUAACUGAGGUAACUUUGUCUCAGCAGACGUUAGUCGAUGCUCUAUAUAAAACGGAUUCUGGACUGCGACUUAUGCUUGUAUUGGUGAAUUGGCUUGAAACGACUGCAGCAUACCAAGAAGAGGCAACAAAGACUUCGGCAACAGUGGUAGGGAAUGAUAUACAUUGGGGAAACACUCUUCAUGAGCUCCUUAUUGGGAAUAGUUUGUUUAAUAAGGAGAAGAACACGGCUAUGGUUACUUGUUUAGACCCUGAUGCACCAAGACGUCAAAAGAAAGCUAUUCAUUCGGAUGAUCAGAAGGAUGAUAAUGAUUUAUGUAAGCGAAUUUUCACAGAAGUGAGAUGUGGUAACUUUGAACAAGCAGUGUCUCUUUGUAUCAAUGCUGGUCAAGCUUGGAGAGGUGCUGCACUGCAAGGCUGGAGGUUGCUUCAUUAUUUACCAAGAGAAAACUCUAAUUCUCCUGUAGAAAUUGCUGGAAAUCCUUCUAGAGACCUUUGGAAAUGGUGUGCUUUGGGAAUAGCUAAUAAUGUUACGGAAAAUAUGCAUUACAGAGCUACAGUAGCAAUUCUGUGUGGCUCUUUAGCAAGUGCUAUUCCAAUCUGCCAAGGAAAUUGGGAAGAUUUGCUUUGGGCACAUCUCCGAGUACAAAUUGUUGCAAGAGUUGAUAAAUUUCUAAAUGAACAUCAUGCCACUGCGGAAGCAAAUACAACUACUACAGAAGUCAUGGAUUUAUUACAGAAAGAACUGCAUGUAGAAGAAAUGUCCUUGCAGCAAAUAUUCAGUGCUAUUAAAGCUCUUAUGAAUGGUAAAAGGGAAUCAAAUUAUCAAAUUUGCCAGAGGUAUUUAAUGUUAGGUAGUGUAAGAGCAAUAAUGCAAGAUUCUUUGAAUUGGCUGGAGAAUGGUGAUGAACGAUUUGUUAGAUUCCUUGCACAUUUGGUACUGGUAUUGAGACUGAUGGGCAAGGACCCACAUCAUGAUAUUGGAGAUACUGUUUUGGAGAAAUAUGUCACUCAGCUGGUGAACACACUUAUUACUGGAUCAGAGGAGAGUCCUGAACUUAUAGCAUAUUAUACUUCAGUACUGCCAAAUGAUAGACAAAUACAUUUAUAUGCAGAAUUUAUGGAUAAAAUAUACAAAAGAAAUUUGAGAGAAGGUGUUGUCAAAGCUGGUAUUAAUGCAGGUUUAGAUGUUGCCGCAUCAGCACGAUUGGCUAUUUUAAAAAGUAUUGCGGGAAUCCAAGAAGGUUAUGGUGAUAUUGAAAUGUCAAUAAAUCAAACUGCCUUUGAAAAGGAUAAACCAUUAAUUGACAAUGUUAUAUCUUCAUUAGAAUGGCUUUCCCUGAUAGAAAACCAACAAAUAGAAGCCCUUUGGUUGUGUAAUGCUAUGGCAAGGAAAUUUAUUUUCCUAGGCAACACUGAUGCAGCAUCAUCAUGUAUUGUUAAUCUAGAGAAAUUGUUUUCAAAUAUUGUAAAUGAUAGAAUUACAUGUUCAUCAGAACUUCGGGAAUAUUUGUGUUUAAAAACAUAUCUGGAAGGUCUAGAAUGUUUUGCUACAUGGUACAGGCAGUAUAUAAGUGGAAUGCCUAAAGAUGUGGAGCCCUUGUCAGCCGAUGCAACUUUCUCUGAUAAAGUUCAUCAUGAACAAAGAACUGCGGUUGUUAAACAACAGAAGGCUCAAUGGAAAAAUACUGUAUAUUAUCAAGCUCGACAUGCUAAAAAAAUAUUAUAUGAUGUCCUGCUAUUUCCCGGUGGUUGGCUGCAAGAUCAAAAUGAUGGCACAUCCUCCCAAAACUUUACAGAAGAAGAUAAACAGGACAGAGAAAAACAACUGGAGACUUUGAGGAAACUGUGCAUUCCAGAAGUUACUAUACUGAUCUUAAAGAUACUGCAAAGCGAUGAUGAUAUCAAUAAUCACAAAGAAGCAGUUAAAUUAAGUGAUUUGAUUGCCGGAGAAAACAGAUGUCUUUAUAAGGUGUUCACAAAGUCAAAACUUUUGGAGAUAUUGGACAGGAUUAAAGAAUCAAGUUUAGUAUUAGUGGAGAAAGGCAAAGAUAUGUUUGGUUAUGAAUUGGAUGAAUAAUGUUGUUUAUAUUUAUAAUUUAAUAAACAUUUGUAUUGAUUCUA